AUGUUAGAGAAAUACUUCCAUUAUGCCAUCUUGGUGCACCAGGAACAUAGGUUGGAAGAGUGGGACGGAGCAGGAAAAUUUGGCCUGGGAGCCAGAGUGAUGGACCUUGGCCGAGAUGCCACCCGACGCUUUUUCAACUGGUUCUAUUGGAGCAUCAACCUGGGGGCCGUCCUGUCCCUGUUCGUGGUGGCCUUCAUCCAGCAGAACAUCAGCUUCCUGGUAGGCUACAUCAUCCCCGUGGCGUGCGUCGGCCUUGCCCUGUUUGUCUUCGUCUGCGCAGGCCCUACUUUCGUCACCAAGCCCCCCACGGGCAGCCAGGUGUCCUCCAUGCUGAAGCUGGCCCUCCGAAGGUGCUGCCCACGGUGGUGCCCCUGCUUAGCCAGAUCCCCACAAGAAGCAGAUGGACUGCCCAGCAGAUGGUCAUCCCGAGGUCCUUCCCGCCGGGAAGACGAUGCCAACUUCUCGGUGUUGGUGAAGAUCUUGCCGGUGAUGCUGACCCUGGUGCCUUACUGGAUGGUGUACUUCCAGAUGCAGUCCACUUACAUCCUCCAGGGCUUGCACCUCCAAAUCCCACAUAUUUUCCAGGUUCAUUUGGACAAUGGCAGUGACACCAAGCUUUCCCAGGACAGUAGCAGCUACAGGUUUCCGGAAGCCUGGCUCCUUUUGGCCAAUGUGGUCAUGGUGCUGAUUCUGGUCCCUCUGAAGGACCGCGUCAUCGAUCCGUUCCUACAGCGGCGGAAGCUGCUCCCCUCACUUCUCAAGAAGAUGGCCCUGGGCAUGCUCUUUGGUUUUGCCUCCGUCAUUGCGGCAGGUGUCCUAGAGACCAAGAGACUCCAAUACAUUCACCGCAACGAGACGGUGGCUCAGCAAAUUGGACGUGACGUGUACUUCGCAGCGCCCAUGUAUAUCUGGUGGCAGAUACCUCAGUAUCUCCUCAUUGGCAUCAGCGAGAUCUUUGCCAGCAUCCCAGGCCUGGAGUUUGCCUACUCGGAAGCGCCCCGAUCGAUGCAGGGAGCCAUCAUGGGCAUCUUCUACUUCCUGUCCGGGGUGGGCUCCUUUCUGGGCUCCGGCCUGGUGGCUCUGCUGUCCCUCCCGGCAGGGGGCUGGCUGCACUGUCCCAGGGAUUACGGGAACAUUAACAACUGCCGGCUGGACCUCUACUUCUUCCUGCUGGCCGGCCUCCAGGCCGCCACGGCCCUCCUGUUCCUGCGCAUCGCCCACCACCACGAGCAGUCGGCCCCUUCUCGGGCGUGCCGCGGCUGUGCCGGGAGAGCGGGCGGUUGAGG